AUGAAUGUCUUUCGGCUCUGUGGAGAUAUGUUGCACUUAGCAUCAAUUUUGUUGUUGCUCUAUAAAUUGCGGAGUAGUCGGAGCUGUAGUGGUAUUUCGUGCAAGAUGCAAGAGAUGUACUUGAUCGUGUUCGGCACCCGGUAUUUGGAUUUGCUUUACAGCUUCGUGUCUGUGUACAACACGAGCAUGAAGGUGAUCUUCAUUACGAGCACGGCAUACAUUAUAUACUUGAUGCGGUUUAAGCCUCCUAUCAGCGAAACUUACGACAAGCAGGGAGACAGGUUCCCAUACCUUAAGUUCCUGCUCCCGCCGUGUGUUCUAUUGGCCCUGCUGACACCGGACAGUUACCACCCCACUGAAGUCUUGUGGACCUUCUCCAUCUGGUUCGAAGCUGUAGCCAUCCUGCCGCAACUGACCCUGCUGCAAAAGAACCGCGUGGUCGAGAAUCUCACCUCCCAUUACGUCGUAGCAAUGGGACUCUACAGACUCUUCUACAUCGUCAACUGGGUCUACAGAUAUUACACCGAAGGCUUCGUCAACUAUAUUGGCUGGAUAGGCGGCACCAUACAGGUCGCGCUUUACCUAGACUUCUUCUACUACUACUACUUGGCGUAA